AUGGGGCUGUUUCUUUUCUUCCUCUUGUUCUUCUCAGUCCAAGCAGAUGUAGUAUCGUUGCCAUCAAAUACUACCGUUCAAAGUCCACCCGCGGAUUUCCUUAUUCGGGGAAGCACUCUGACUGGCCAGAAGCUUUUCCCCCUAACCAAGUCGCUGAUUCAGUCGACCACUGCCCAACUUAAGUCUUUCAAUUUCUCUGGCUUUGUCACUCAGGUCAAUCCAAGCAAUUCCCUUGACUUGAAACCAUACCAAAUCGCUUGUAUAUCUUGCGACGAGGACGAGUAUACCGGAAAUAUCCGAGUUGACGAGACAAUUGAAUACGUCACCUCUUCUCAAUCCGCUGCUGCCAUUCUGCUAUACAGCAAAACAGCUAUCGGCUGCAAUUUUACAUCCGAUGAACAGACCGCUGAACACUUUCCCAAUAUCUUCACUUUCGCAAGCCCAUCCGGCUAUUCGGCAUUGCUCCGUGCUUUCGAUCAACCAGCAAUUAUCAGCAUCAUCUCAAUGUCGUUACUCUCAUCUCCUGCCAAUGGCAACACCGACACAGGUGACAGUCCAAAUACUGCCAUGAUCAUCCUGUACAGUAUCACGGGCAUCAUCACCGCACUGUUCCUAGGAAUCAUUAUCACAGGUGCAGUCCGGGCUCAUCGUCAUCCAGAGCGAUACGGCCCUCGCCGGAUUGCCGGCCGGGUCCGACAAAGCCGAGCUCGAGGUAUAGCUCGAGCCAUGUUAGAUACCAUACCAGUGGUCAAGUUUGGUGAUGACAAAAACGAUGACGUGGAUGCCGCCAAAAGAGACGUCGAAAUGACCAUGGGUACUGAGGAUGCCAGCCAUGAGCGCCCUGCGCCCCAGGCUGACAAAAACAUCACCGAGGUACCGACGCCUCGUGAAUCUGAAAUGCCAAUGCCAACCCCAGACGAUCAUGAGCGCCCCACCCCCACAGCCCCCGAAGCCAAGACCGAGAUGCCCGAUGCAGGGAACUUCUCGUGUCCGAUUUGUACAGAUGACUUUAUCAAGGGCCAAGAUCUACGUGUACUGCCCUGUAACCACCAAUUCCACAUGGAAUGCAUUGAUCCAUGGUUGAUGAAUGUGUCCGGCACCUGUCCCCUUUGCCGCAUCGACCUCAAUCCACCGCAAGCCGAAAACCCAGAGGGAACCGAAGAAAAUGCCGACCAACCACACCUAGAAGGCGCAGCAAUCCUGACAACGGAAGAUGCCCGGCAGCAAGCCCGUCAGCAAGCCCGGCACACGCAUCGCCGUCUCACCAACUACCUGCACGGACCCCUCAACGCCCGACGAAUGCGCGACGCCACCGUUGAGGAACGCAUCGCCGCACUGCGACGCGUGCGCGAGGCAAACCAAGGCGAUUCCGCGCCCGAAGAGGUAGCACGGCGUGGCCUGACCACCCGGCUACGCGAUCGCUUCCGCAUCCGAACACACGCUCACGGAGUCGAGACUGAGACUUCCCCUGAUGCCGAUAAUGCUCCGUCUUCCCCGGCGCCUCCAGCGGCCGCCCAUCUCACGCCGUCUACUGCAUGA